AUGGUUUCGCGGGCAGUUGGAGAGCGCGACUCGCUUGAAAUGCACCGGCUCGACGUCACGGUCCUGCAGCUCUCGCUCGUACUGCCGUGGAUCAUCUUGGCCGGCGCUGCCGACGCUCCCGCCGGUCUCCUACAGCGGGAUCGGCUCGUGGAAAAGUUCGGACUCCUCGCGCCCGAGGCCUUGCUCGCCAAUUACCGGCUCGCCAGUGUCAAGGACGACCAGCGUGCCAACGGCUCCUGCGCCCGCGCUCUCGACACUUACACUCGGGCCAUCGACCGAAGAGAGCCAUGGGCCUUGAAAAUGCUGGACGCGUCGUCGACCACGCCGUCGGGCAUCCUCGAGGGCAACAUCGUGGAGUUGGGCUCUUACGACGAGUGCGUGCGAGUGAGGGGCGAAUCGGCGGGCUUGACGAUCAGGGCCCAGCACUGCAUGUACGAGAUCGGGGAGAUCCGCGAGCGCAGCAUCAUACCGUACAACCCAACCAUGUCGAUUUGUCUGCCGCGCAGCUGCACCGUCGACGAUCUCGCUCGCCUCGUCAGGGCCACCGCCAACGCGACCGGCAAAUCGAGGGACCAUUCGACGACCUUACCGGUCUCUGCCUCUUGUACCAACGAGGAGUGGACGUUUUGGGACGCGGAACUCCUCGCCCUCACAUGGUCCACGUCGGGUAAGCCUCGGGGAGAGGCCGGAAAAUUGGCGAGGUUUUCCUUCGUAAGGAGUACCCAGGCGGUUCUCACUCUCAGGCCCCAGUCGAGCAACGUCCCCGUCAUCAAUGGCAUAAGGUUCAUCAGCUCGUUGUCGAUCAUCCUGUUGCACGAGUACAUUUUCUUCGGCCUCGUGGUCAACUCCAAUGUCUUUUACAUUUACGAGUGGUUGUCCUCGUGGAGGUCGGUCGUGCCGUUGCUCACCAGCUUCUCCGUGGACACGUUUUUCACGCUCAGUGGGUUUUUCAUGGUCUGCUCGUUCCACAAGCAAGUUGCGAGGGACGACUUCAACGUGAUGCGCUUUUAUCUGCAUCGGUUCAUAAGAUUGACGGUGCCAAUAAUACCGAUAGUCUUCAUCGCAAUUGUCGUGCUGCCGAAACUGGGCUCGGGGCCUCGGUGGCAAUGGACCAAAGAGAUAUUUCUAACGAGUUGCCACUCCAAGUGGUGGUCGCUGCUGCUUCACGUGCAAAAUCUCGUUCAAGUGGACAAUUACUGUUUGCUUGAACUGUGGAGCUGCAGCGCGGACAUGCAGUUGUACACUGUAUCGCUGCUGAUUGCUUAUACCUUCCGAAAGAAACAAGAAACGGCGAUAAAAAUUUUUGCCAUGUUGGUGGCGACGUCAAUGAUAGCCACUGCGAGUAUCGUUGGGCUCAACGGAUAUUACACGACUUUCAUAUCGCACGAAGUUAACGUGAAAUUCGUACUGGAGUCAUUCAAUAACGUUUACCUGAUGACUUACACCCGAUCGUCUCCAUUUUUCAUAGGUGCUCUUUUUGGGUACUUGGUGCAAAACAAAAAUUUUAAACUGACAAAGUCCGUUGCUCGCAGAGGCUGGAUACUGACUAUCGUUGGCUUUCUAACGUAUCCGAUCGCACUGAGGAUUAUAUCAGACGUGAACUAUAAGUACACGUUAAUUUUUGAAAUGUUCAGCUCAGCUUUCUCGAGACCCGUUUGGUCGCUUAUGAUUUGCUGGAUUAUUUGGUCGAGCGUUAAUGGCGUUGCAGGACCAGUAGUAAAUUUUCUAUCUUGGAAGUACUUCCUGCCUCUGAGUCGACUUUCUUAUUCCAUUUAUUUGGUGCAUCUCGUUUUUCCUAUAUUUCGUACAAUGACUUCGAAAAAUUCAUGGUACUUCAGCGAUUUGAUAUUGAUGCAUUCUUUUCUUAGUAAUCUUAUGUUGAGCAUCAUACUGGCAUUUGUGUUCUGUAUUACAUUUGAAGUACCGGUGUUUGUUUUGGAUGAUCUGAUAAUAAAAGGAAAAAGCAGAACUUUUGGUAAAAUUGAGAAGCUAAAUGUUAAAGACACGAAAUGUCACGAUGAAUGA